UGGCAAACCAUUUGCCAUUUAGCAAUUUAUACAUAUAUAUAUAUUUCAUGCACACAAGAGGUACGAGGGAUAAAUGCGGUCCUAGGCUCCGGUAAAGUUUACAUUUUUCCGGAUCUUUUUUUUUUAAUUGAUCGUUUGCGUAACUACGGUAUAAUAUGCGCCGACCCCGCGAGAUGGUGUGCCUCUACGGUCAGUUGUAGACGUACAAUAAUAAUAUUAUAUAGGAAACGACGAGAGGGAGCGCGAGCCGGCCGGAGACGUUCUCUAGAGCAUUGUGUCCUAAACAGUGGGAAUCGCGCGACCAUGUUCGAUAUCGUUGCAUUGUUUUCGGUUAACAAACAAUAUAUUAUACAUAGGGUAAUAAACUAAUAUAUCGUUAUUUAUGUAGUCAGAUCGCUCGUAGAUCACGUUAAAACACGAGACGGAAAUUCAAUUAUAUUUAGGAUCACAUCGCACGGGCAGUUUCAUUAAUUUAAUUUUAGUUUUGCGGUCAAAAUUGCCUUGACUCCAAUAAUUUUUAUAAAUUUGUUUCUCUACACCCACUGAAUAUGUGAUAAAGUUUUCGCUGUUUCAAAUUUUAUCAUUUGAAAAUAAAAUGUCUGUCAGUUUUCUGCGAUGGACGAAAACAGCGAUGGUUUGGUUUUUCGUGAUCAUUAUAGGUCUAACUAAUUCAUCACCCAUCAAAAAAAAUUUAUCAUGUUACGUGUGUUCACCAAAUUCAAUUUCUGAUAACACAGAAGCUUCAGAAAUCUCUAUAACUUUUUCAAAUUACGACAUUGAAACCAUACCAACUUGUGGCUCAAACGCUGCAGUCAAUUUUACAUUGAAAUGUCCUGAAGGAUACAAAGGAUGUCUAACUAAAACUUAUGGUAAAAGUAUACUGAAAUCUUGCAAUGAGUAUCUCAUUACUGAUUGUAAAAUAGCAAAUAAUGUGAAGUAUUGUUUUUGUGCUAAUACAUUAUGUAAUAAUGGAACAAUUUUAACUCCAGUUCCAAUUUCAUCAGAUGAUGAAGAUUUAGACCAAUCAGCAGAAGAUGGAAGCGGGCUAUUUGAUGAUUUGACGAAAUUAGAUAAACAUAAAUAUACCAACAAAAUUAUUAACACUACUGUAAUGUUAAAUACAUCUACAAGAAAUAAUUCAUUUACAAAGGCAUCAGCUAAUAAAUUAGGACUGCUUAAGCAUACUUAUAUCUUAAGUUUAAUAUUCAUAACCUAUAAAGCUAUAUAAUAAUUAUAGCCUUUUUAAAUAGUUACAUACAACAUCACAGAGAAAAGUGAUAUUUUUUAAUAAAACUAUGCAA